UUUUCAAUAUCUAGAAUAACAAAAUAGUAUGUCCGACCUAUUUAAAUUGGAUCCUAAUUCAUGAGGUCUCGCUUUAGAAUCUUAUUCUUGACUUGCAUAUUGCAUAUAUUGUGAAAUCUAUACACGAGCUUUUAAGAAAAUUAUAAUAAUAAUAAUGAUAAAAGAUAAAAGUGAUUGGGUGAUAUUAUUUACGUGACUAUUGGCUUUCACCCUCAUCAUCACUUUGGGACUUGACCUCAAACAAAUUUUCUUUUUCUUUGGAUUACAGAGAGAUGGGGAAUAAACACUUCAGCCACAAGCAUCGCUUGACCCCCCACGAUCAGAAACAACUAAUAGACGGAGAGACUAUCAAAUGCGAAGGGUGCCAGAAGAGCAACUUGAGUUAUUUCUAUGGCUGCAAUCGAUGCCAUUAUUACAUCUGCAAAUCAUGUGGUGAAUUGCCGCGAGAGAUUCAACACCCCUUCCACAAGGAACAUCCCCUCACUCUUCUUGCUCAAUCACCUUACGGAUCAUAUGAUUCUGAAGUAUCCGACGACUCAGAUUCUUCCGAACAAUAUGACCAUAGUCGUGAAUAUUCUUACUGCAAUGCCUGCCGGAAGAAAUGUGAAGGCUUCUUUUAUCACUGUUCCGCUUGUGAAUUUGACAUCGACGUUAAUUGCGCUACGCUGAUGCCAAUCACCACCGACUACCACUACCACUCAAGUUCUGGUCACAAGGAGGAGGAGAAACAGAUCACUCACCCGCAUCGCUUGAUUCCUUGUUGUAGGAAGAACAAGGAUGUUGAUUUUCUGUGCUCUGUGUGCCAUUUACCCAUUAAAAGGGGCACGAUCUAUGUUUGUUUAGAAUGCCGGGCUAUCUUGGAUACAUCAUGCACCCAACUACCACUGAAUUUCAAACAUCACUUUCACCCUCAUCAUAGUCUCAGUCUCAGGUUUUCAGACUAUUUUGAUAAUCCAUUUUAUCAUGUUUGCAAUGCGUGCAGUCAACGUAACUGUCGCUUCUCCUAUGAAUGCCAUGAGCGUAAACCAUUUGAUUCAUUUGAACUGGACGUAAGGUGCGCUUCUCUGAUGCCCAAACGGGAGGUUGUUCAAGUAUCACAGUUCACCCAUCCCCAUGUUUUGCUUCCCUGUGAUACCAAUGGGACUUUUAGUUUUUCGUGUUCUGCCUGUGACAUAACGAUCGAGGAUACAAUCUAUGUUUGUCUUGAAUGCCGAAUUUUCCUGCACAAGUCGUGUGCUGAAUUGCCACGAGAGAUCAAGCACCCCUUUCAUCCACCACAUCCUCUCGUGCUCAGCGAUUUUGUAGACAAAUAUGAAUGCCAGGCAUGUCGAUGUUCUGUUAGCGGCUUCAAAUACGAGUGUGCCUUUGGUUGCAACUUUGCAAUAGAUAUUAUAUGUGCUUCGCUGAGGUCCACUGUCAAAUUCAACCUUCACCCCCACCCUCUUGCUUUCUUCAACAAGCCUAACAAAGAUAUUAACCUCAUUACCUACCGGAAAAAAGAUAUUCAGUGCAGCGUUCGUGCGGUUUGCUCCGGACUUAACCCCAGUUUCCCUUACUUUCGUUGUGUGCCAUGCGAUUUCAAUCUCGACUUGUUCUGUGUUCCGACAUUACCACAUACAUUUAAACAUAGCAAUCACGGACAUCCACUCACCCUCACUCAUUCUCGCAUCAAAGACCAUGAUGAUGAUGAUGAUUAUGACUCCGACGAUGACUCUGAAUACUACUGUGAUAUUUGUGAGGAAAGAAGAGAGCUGGCAGAAUCAACUUAUUAUUGUGAGGAUGACCACUACGUAUAUGUUGCUCAUAUUCGUUGCGUGUUUAAUGAGAUUCUUCCUUUACUAGAGAGAGACACUUCCUUGAUACAAGAAGAGAUUGUAAAGCUUCAAGCAGACAUAGAUGCAUUGAUCGCAAAGUUAGAGACACUAACAGAAAAAUUGAAUGGACUUCAAAAGAGACGUGCACAACCUAUUAGUGACUACCAAGUUGGGGUAAUGGAAGUAGGGACUAGAAAUGCAUCAACUGAUUAGGAGGCAUUUUCAAGCACCGCGAGAGAUGAUCCUGCCAUUGCUAAACUAGAUGAAGAGAUUAUAAUACUUGAAGUAGAGGUAGAUACACUGAUAGCUGAUUUAAUGGCAAUAACAACAAAAUUUGAUGAAUUUAAGGGGAGACGUGCCCAACAUAUUCCUGACUACAAAAUUGGGGCUAGAGAUGCAUUAAUAGAUCAGAAAACCUUUUUGAAAGUCCCUUCCGAUCAUCGUGCCAUUGCCAAACCAGAUGAUAAGAUUGCACGGCUUCAAGCAAAUGUAAAUGCACUGACAAUGGAGUUACAGAUACUAACAACAAAGUUGGAUGAAAUUAAGGGGAGAGAUCCACAGCACGUCGGUGGUUGUGAAAUUGGUACUCCUUCGUUAGGUACAAAGGCAUCUGUAGCUGUUCUUGAAGACUCUGCUGAAAAGGAAAAAAUAUUGUUAAGGGCACUCAAGGAGUAACAUGAUGAAGAGAUGGAGACACUCAAGACGAAACAUGAUGAAGAGAUGGAGAAACUAACAAGGGAGUUAAAGGGGUAAAGAAAAAUAUCUAUUUACAAACUGUUCAACAAAUUUCAAAUUUAAUUCACGUGUAGAGACAAGUUUUAUAUAUGAAGAUGAUGAUGAUCCAUUCAUUUAGAGUUAGUGUAGAAUUUUUUUUAGACAAAAUAAGGUAUAGGGUGAAAUUUUUGUAAAUUUGGAAGUAAAUAAAACAUUAUAUUUAUUAAUA